AAUAUUAUCUGCUCGGUUCAUUCGAUAAGAACUCUACAUCAUAAGCAUCAUAGCACUUUAACUAACAUUUUGUACUAAAGCUCCAUUGUCAUUUUAAUUCACCGUUUUUUUUUCCAUAAGUAUCUCCAAUAUUAUUGCAUUGAGAGCUAAUUAUACAACCAUCCGAGCUUAAAUUUCCUUAAGCUUUGAAAUAGUCCGAUAUCCCAUGGCUUGGAUUUGGACAAUUCUUGCACUGCUUUUACUUGCUUAUAUCCUGCUAUGGAAAAGAACCAACAACAACAACAAGAGAUUACCUCCAGGUCCAAGAGGGUUUCCCAUUUUCGGAAGCCUCCAUUUGUUAGGAGAAUUUCCUCACAGAGAUCUUCACCGUCUCGCCAAACAAUAUGGCCCCAUCAUGCAUAUCCGCUUAGGCCUCAUUCCCACCAUUGUCGUCUCCUCCCCCAAAGCCGCCGAGCUCUUUCUCAAGACCCACGACCUUGUUUUCGCAUCACGACCUCCACAUGAAGCCGCCAAGCACAUCUCUUACAACCAAAAAAGCAUGGCCUUCGCCGAGUACGGCUCGUACUGGCGCGACGUUCGAAAGAUGUGCACUCUUGAACUGCUCAGCAACGUGAAGAUCAACUCCUUCAGAGCUAUGAGGAAGGAAGAGGUCGGCCUGUUCAUCGACUCCCUUCGAAAGUCGGCUCGCGACAGAGUCGCCGUUGAUCUAAGCGUCAAGGUUUCGUCCCUAAGUGCCGAUAUGAGUUGCAGGAUGGUUUUCGGGAAGAAAUUCGCGGACAGUGAGUUCGACGAGAGAGGGUUCAAGGCUGUGAUCCAAGAGGGUAUGCAGUUGUCGGCGGCUCCGAACUUAGGAGAUUAUAUUCCUCCGAUUGCUUCGUUAGAUCUUCAGGGAUUGACGAAGAAGAUGAAGAAGGUUGGCAAAGUGUUUGAUGAUUUCUUUGAGAAGAUCAUCGAUGAGCAUGCUCAGUCUAAGGAUGAAGAUAAAAACAAGGACUUUGUUGAUGUCAUGUUGGGUUUUUUGGGAUCCGAAGAAUCUGAAUAUCGUAUUGAAAGGUCCAACAUCAAAGCAAUCAUUUUGGACAUGCUUUCAGCCUCCAUAGACACAGCAUCAACAACAAUAGAUUGGGCAAUCUCAGAACUCAUCAAGAACCCAAACAUAAUGAAAAAAGUCCAAGAAGAGUUAGAAAACACAGUGGGCAUGAAGAGGACUGUAGAAGAAACAGACCUAGAAAGCUUAGACUACUUAAACAUGGUAGUGAAAGAAACCCUGAGGUUACAUCCAGCCGGACCAUUGUUAAUUCCCCAUGCAUCUACUGAAGAUUGCACCAUCAAUGGCUUCCACAUACCCAAGAAGGCCCACAUCAUCAUAAACGCGUGGGCAAUCGGAAGAGACCCUGAUGCGUGGACGGAUGCAGAAAAGUUCUCCCCGGAAAGAUUCGUCGGAAGCAAUAUUGAUGUCCGGGGACGUGACCUUCAGCUUAUUCCGUUCGGGUCGGGUCGGAGAGGUUGCCCCGGGAUACAAUUGGGUUUGACUGUCGUUCGGCUGGUUUUGGCUCAGCUGGUGCAUUGUUUCGAUUGGGAACUUCCGAACGGGAUGUCACCGGCGGAUUUGGACAUGACGGAGGAGUUUGGUUUGACGGUUCCGAGGGCUAAGCAUUUAUUGGCUAUUCCUACCUAUCGGCUUCACAAAUGAUAAUAUUAAUUUGUUUAUGACGUUUCCUGGAAUGUGUUUGUUUUGGUUCUUGGACAAAAGAUCUAUAAAAAUAAAAAAAAAAAUAAAAUGUAAAUUCUAAUUAUGUACUACUGGUUAUUAGAUUUAA